ACGUGUACUUCGUUCUGCAGGCUAAAGGCGGGACAGUUUGCGGGCCGUUCUUGUGUGACUCGUUCUCCAUCUCGUUGGGUGUCUUCUAAUACUAGAACAUUUUGCUGCCCGUAGCAGUGUGGGUUCUUGUUGCUCCAUUUUGGUGAUAUCUACACCAACUUGUUUGUCGCUGGGAAAGCGAACUUCUAACCACACCUCAUACUUGAGCCUGGAGUUGAGAUGAGCGGUCAGAGCAAGGGAUAAAGAGAUGACAUUUUACUCAGUGCAGGGGGAGGCUGGCAGUUGAUGGCAAUUGUGUUGCUGAACAAAGAUGUAAAAGGAAACACUUCAAGAUCCAUUUGACUUCGAGACGAUUACAGACCAGGCGCACAAAUCAUAAAUUAAAUAAUAUCAAGAAAAAGGAGCAGCUCCAAAUGACCCCGGACGACCUAGGGUCAAGCUUGGCAUCAAAGGUUACCAUGGUAGCAAGUGCCAAUCGUGCAGUUAAAAUAUUGUAGUAGGGUAUACACGUGGCUGGGUGAACGACCAGUGGCAGCAGCAGUCAGUAUUCGGUGGACGUGGUUAGAUUUGCACAACCCCAAGACAUCUGAAGGUGUUUCAAGAUUUAUGCAUCCAUCAGUCAAUCAACAAGGAACAGCCUUAACUGUGGCACAUGACGCCAUUGCCUCACCAUUAAAAGAGCCUGCAACUAAUUUAUUGGCUCCUCACACCUCGGCUUCAGCCACUUUAUCAAAACCCACAGCAAAAAGCCAUUAAAGCGGAUCUUAAGCACUGGUGUUCGCACCUUCUCGUGUUAGAUGCGUCUCUCUUGAGAAGCGCAUGACCAGAAUGCAAAAGCUGUGUCCAGAGAUGAGGAGCUGCAGGAGGUGAACUCUCUGAGAGGUCGAAUAUUACACAUGAACAGGCGAGAAUUAGCGAGAAGGUGGUCCAUUCGUUUACUUUAAUGAAACCUCGUGGAGUGAUAUGAACACGACGUGAAUAUAAACGGACCACAUUAUUCAUGCGGUGUUUUUUAAAAUAAAAAAGUGCACUUAUUUGUUUCGUUGUUUUACUCGGGGACAACCCACCGGAUGGCUGUUAACAACAUUGCCAUGCCGUAAUUUUGUUUUAUUGAUCCGAAGCAAUUCUACUAGAUUGAGCCAGGGAGUUUGCUCGUGUUAGUUAACCGUAAGUGCACGAAAAGGUUGCCGUGUCUUGAGCGGGAAACCAAAAUCAGUGUGAAAUUUAAUUUGUUGUGGAUGAACUGGAAUAAUUUAAAAGAUCGGUGAGCGAUCUUUGUCCAUUUUUUUUUGAGAUGGAUCCGAGUUACGAUUACUCCGCGUUCAGUAUGGACGGCCUGGACCUGUGCAAUGUCUCGUACGAGUACCUGACGGACAAUAAGACAAUCCAGGAACAUAACUACACGGACGCGUCGGAAUUCUUGUACGACAUUGUGACAUACUGCUUCUUGCAGAAGGAAGGAAUAUGUGCGCAGUACCUUUAUGAAAUACAGGGCGAUAACCUGAUCGGUAACUUGCUGUACAUCAUGUACCCCCAGCACUACCCAUUCCUCCAGGUCAUACCGUUCAUUACUGUAGUCGGACUUCUAUGUAUAGUUGGUAUCAUAGGAAAUCUACUGACCAUUGUUGUGAUUCUUCGAAACCGGAUUCUGCAGACAACUUCGAAUUAUUUGGUCAGUAUGGCCUUCUCGGACCUCUUGAUCCUUUUGCUAACGGGCCCCAUGGAGAUAGCGUACGAGCUAAAAGCCUGGCCCUGGACGUAUACACGUUUCAUGUGCCGGUUGCGGUACUUUCUCAUUGAGGCCUGUACUUUCACGUCCGUAUUGAGCAUCACGUCGUUCACGACCGAGCGCUACCUCGCGAUCUGUCACCCGAUCUGGGCCAAGACCUUCGUCUCGCACACCCGCACCGUCAAGAUCAUCGUCAUCAUCUGGAUGUUUUCCUUCUGCAUGAGCAUACCGCUGUUCCUGGGCUACGAUACCUUUGAGGUGUGCCCGGGCAUUGCCGAGACGACCGUGUGUAACAUGCCCUCGCUGGAGUGGGAGUCGAUCAUCGACUACAUUUAUAUCGCGUCCGCAACGAUACUGUUCCUCAUCCCGAUGAUUAUGAUCUCCAUUUUCUACUCGUUGAUUGCGAGGGUGCUGUACGGGGUCAACGUGGAGGUGGCCGUGCGGAGGAACUCCAGACGGACUCGAAACAGAAAUGGAGUUAAUAACACGGAGAAGAAAGAAAAUUCGAUCGAGAAAUCCCGAAAACAGAUCGUGAAAAUGUUAGCCCUCGUGGCAGGCUGCUUCGCAGCAUGCUGGCUACCUUUCCACAUCAUACGGAUUCUACCAAACUUCAACAUCGACGAGUGGUCGGAGGGGCUGACCAACGCCUAUUUCCCGUUCCUCUACCACCUGUCCAUCGUGCUCAUGUACACCAGUGCCACCAUCAACCCGAUACUCUACAAUAUCAUGUCGGCAAGGUUCAGAGAGGCCUUCAAGAGGACCAUCCUCUGCCAAGAAGCACGUGUGUCUUGUCAUCAUUGGAUGUGGGGUUACAAGCACGAGCGAUGCUCCCUGUCUCCCAGUGGGACUGUGGGCUUGACCUACGUAUGAUAGUCAACUCGACCCAGAUCCCGUUAGUCAACUCGACCCGAACCCCGUUGACGUCAGCCGCCCCCUGUGCUUGUUGUCCAUCCCGUCCUGUACCCAAUUUCAUAGAGAUGCUUAGACAAAAAUUAUGGUUAACAAAUGGUUUUCUCAGGCAGAAAUUAGCAGGAUACCAGUCCCAAAUUGUAAUUGUUAUAUGGUAGUUUGGCUGGUAACCUUAC